AUGGCGAAUAAAACUCUGUUUGGCAAAGCUUUGGACAAAUAUGAUUCUAAUCUUGAUGAUAUUGAUGAACUUCUUUCAAAGUUGACUGAAGAUGAGGUAAAGGCAUUGAACGAGGAUAUCGAUCCAGACAACUCUCUCCUUCCUCCUUCUCAACGCUGUCGUGAUCAGACGACUAAGGCUCCUACCGGACCUUAUGAUCGGGAAAAACUUAUCAAAUUCCUCGUUGACAAGGCAAAGAACGAUCCCGACUGGGAUGAGGCUGUCCCUUACGAGAAAAAAAUUCGUGGAAAGGUUUUCCAGAAGAAAGCCGAAGAACCUAAAAAGAUCGAAAAGGACGAGCUGGCUGAUCUCGGUUUCGAUGUGGAAUUCGAUGAUAGCAUUAACGAUGUACGUUAA